AUGGCGACAGACGAGAGCGCCACCGUGGCCAUUCUAGACGCAGGCUCGCAGUUCUCCAAGGUCAUCGACCGCAGAGUCCGUGAGCUUGCGGUCCAUUCCGAGAUUCUCCCACUGGAUACCCCGCUUGAUGUCCUCGCCAAGUACAAGGCGCUGAUUGUGUCGGGUGGGCCCGGGUCGGUGUACGACGCAGCGGCGCCGCAGGCAGCCGACGGCCUGUUCGACCUGGAUGUCCCGCUGCUGGGCAUCUGCUACGGGAUGCAGAUGAUGGCCAUGCACUACGGGUGCCGGGUCGAGGCUGGCGAGGUGCGGCAGGACGGAGUGUUUGCCAUCCAGCUUGCCAGCGAGCCGAUCUGCCCGCUGUUUGCCGACCUCGCGUCAGCCGAGACCACCGAGGUACUCCUCACCCAUGGCGACUCGGUGCUCGAAGUCUCCGAGGACGUGCGGAGCGUGGCAGCGACCGAUGAGGGCAUUGUGGCGGCGAUCGAGGUUCGCGAUGCGAACAAGGCUCAGUUUGGCCUCCAGUUCCAUCCCGAAGUCGACCUCUCGGUCGAGGGCAUGACCAUUCUGCGCAACUUUCUGUUCGCCGUCGCCGGAGUUCCGGCCACAUACACGCUCACCUCGCGCAAGGAGAUGGCGAUCGAGUACAUCCGCGGAAUGGUGAGUGGUGACGACAAGGUGCUGGUGCUUGUCUCGGGCGGUGUCGACUCGUCGGUCUGUGCCACGCUUGUCAACGAAGCGCUCGGCCCCGAGCGCGUUGUCUGCAUCCACGUCGACAACGGCUUUAUGCGCAAGGGUGAGUCGACACAGGUUGCGGCGGCGCUGCGGGCGGUCGGUCUCGAGCUCGAUGUCAUUGAGGGCGCCGAGACCUUUUACAACGCGCACACCGAGGUCGACGGCGUGAGCGUCGGCCCGCUCAACGAGCUCGUCAAUCCCGAGGCCAAGCGCAAGGUCAUUGGCGACACGUUCAUGCGGAUCACCAACACCAAAGCUGCCGAGCUCGGGCUGGACCCGAACGCGGUCUUCCUCGCCCAGGGCACGCUCCGGCCGGACCUCAUCGAGUCGGCGUCCAAGCUGGCCAACGCGUCGGCGACGGCGUCGGUCAUCAAGACCCAUCACAACGAUACCGCGCUGGUGCGGCUCCUCCGCGACGCUGGGCGCGUCGUCGAGCCGCUGCAAGAGUACCACAAGGACGAGGUCCGCCAGCUCGGCCUCGAGCUCGGCCUCCCAGAGCACCUCAUCUCGCGGCAGCCAUUCCCUGGGCCCGGCCUCGCCAUCCGCAUCCUCUGCGCUCACUCGGCGUUUGUCCCGCCCAACGCGGCUGCCAUUGCCGAGGUGCUGGCGGGAGCCACCGCAGAGACGCCCGACUACUCGGCCGCUGUCCUCCCGGUCGCCUCGGUCGGCGUCCAGGGCGACGGGCGGACGUACGCCUCGCUCGUCGGCCUGUUUGGCCCGGUCGUCGCCGACGACACGCUCGCCACUGUCGACGCCAUCGACUGGCGCCACGUCUUUGACCUGGCCAAGUCGAUUCCCAAGCGCGCCCGCGGCGUCAACCGCGUGGCGUACGUCUUUGGCGAGCGUGUGGCCAACGGAGAUGCCGCGCUGGCCACCAUCACGCCGACGCUCCUCACGCCCGACGUCAUUGCGUCGCUGCAGGAGGCCGACGCGGUCGUCAACGCCAUCCUCGGCGACGCCGGCCUCCUCACCAAGCUCUCGCAGGUCCCGGUCAUCCUCUUCCCGGCCAACUUUGGCGUCGACGGCGCGCGGUGCAUCUGCAUCCGCACCAUGGUCACCAACGACUUUAUGACCGGCGUUCCGGCGCUCCCAGGCACCGAGCUCAUGCCAAAGGCUGUUCUCGCCGCCAUCGUCGACGCCCUCCUCGCCCUACCCAAUCCGCCAGCGCGGGUCGUCUACGACUGCACCUCCAAGCCGCCGGGCACGACUGAGUGGGAGUAACACGCGCGCGUAGCAGACAA